ACCGGAGUCAACAAAAAUCAGUCAGUCGUCGGUCAGCCUCCGCGAAAGUCACACGUGUUUGCGUCAGUGCGAUUCCCUCUAAUCAAUCCUGUUGUGUGCUUUAGUAGCUGAAGGUGGUCCUCUGAUAAUCUUGCUUUACAGUUUUGUGCUUUGAAAAGAAGAAGAACCAGUUGCAAAAUGCCCACUUAUCACAAGCCGGAAUCCAAGACCAUCCAGGAGCUGAAGGAUAUCGCCCACAAGCUGCGUAUUCACUCGAUUACAUCGACUCAGGCGUCCAAGUCCGGUCAUCCUACGUCAUGUGCGUCAAUUGCGGAAAUCAUGUCGGUGUUGUUUUUCAACACGAUGCGCUACAAAAUCUCUGCCCCGCGCGAUGCCUCCUCGGAUCGGUUCAUCCUCUCGAAGGGUCACGCGGCACCGAUUCUGUACGCCGCCUGGGCUGAGGCUGGUCUGUUCCCUACCAGCGACCUGAUGAAUCUGCGUAAGAUCGACUCCGAUCUGGAAGGUCACCCGACGCCGCGGUUGAACUUUGUCGAUGUGGGAACCGGUUCCCUGGGACAGGGAGUGGCCGUCGCCUGUGGAAUGGCCUACAUUGGCAAGAACAUCGACAAAGCCGACUACCGGACCUACGUGCUGGUUGGCGAUGGCGAAUCCGCCGAAGGUUCCAUCUGGGAAUCGUUGCACUUCGCCGGACACUACAAGCUGGACAACUUGUGUGUGAUUUUCGACGUUAACCGGCUGGGACAGUCGGAACCAACUUCCCUGCAACAUCAGAUGGAAGUGUAUCGCAAGCGUCUGGAUGCCUUCGGAUUCAACGCGAUCGUCGUCGAUGGUCACGAUGUAGAAGAACUGUGCAAGGCCCUUUUCGAAGCUUCCGUUACCAAGGAUCGCCCAACGGCUAUUGUGGCCAAGACCUUCAAGGGCAAGCACUUCCCUCAAAUUGAAGAUCUUGAAAAUUGGCACGGAAAGCCUCUCGGUGAGAACGCUAACGGUGUCAUUGAGCACUUGCAAACCCUGAUCCGCAACGCUGGACCAGUUCAGAUUGCUCCUCCCUCACCACAGAAGGAGAGUGCCAAGAAGGUCAACAUCAGUAAUGUUCAACUUGCUACUCCCCCGGCUUACCAGCUCGGAGAAUCUGUGGCCACUCGCUUGGCUUACGGUACGGCCCUGGCCAAGAUCGCCAUGAACAACGAUCGCGUGAUUGCCCUGGAUGGUGACACCAAGAACUCGACCUACUCCGACAAGCUGCGUAAGGCUUUCCCAGAGCGCUUCAUCGAGUGUUUCAUCGCCGAACAGAAUUUGGUCGGUGUCGCCAUCGGGGCCGCUUGCCGUGACCGCACCAUUGCUUUCGUGUCCACCUUUGCCACGUUCUUCACGCGAGCCUACGAUCAGAUCCGUAUGGGAGCCAUUUCGCAGACAAAUGUCAACUUUGUGGGAUCCCACUGUGGUGUUAGCAUCGGAGAGGACGGACCUAGCCAGAUGGGUCUGGAGGAUAUUGCUUUGUUCCGUACCAUCCCCGGCAGCACCGUGUUCUACCCAUCGGAUGCCGUCAGUACGGAACGAGCCGUCGAACUGGCCGCCAACACCAAGGGAGUGUGCUUUAUUCGUACCUCCAGACCAAACACUGCUGUCCUGUACGAGAACAACGAGCCGUUCCAGGUCGGCAAAGCCAAGAUUGUGAAGCAAUCGGCCAACGACACCGUUCUGCUGAUCGGCGCCGGAGUGACUUUGUACGAAGCCCUCAAUGCCGCCACCGAGCUGGAGAAAUCCGGUGUGUACGCUCGUGUGCUGGACCCAUUCACCGUCAAACCCAUCGACAAGGAAGCCAUUGUCCAUAAUGCUGCUCAGUGCGGCGGACGCAUCGUCGUCGUCGAGGAUCACUACAAGCAAGGUGGCCUUGGUGAAGCUGUGCUCUCGGCUGUCGCUGAUCAGCGCAAUGUGGUUGUUAAACAUCUGGGCGUCGAGCAGGUCCCACGCUCCGGACCACCAACCGUACUGAUUGACAUGUUUGGCAUUUCUGCCCGUUGCAUUGUCGCUGCUGUCAACGAUAUCCUCAAGAUGUAAAACGGUUGGAACAUAGCCGGUUUCAUAUUUUGUGGUGAUUCUAGAGAACGCCAACAACUUGAAUAACCCCAGUUAUCCCCUCGUGAAACAAACAAAUCUUAACACAUUCCCCAUGAAUCUAUGCUAUUGCUAUACUUCCAUUCCUUCUUGUUGCCUUAUGUUCCUUAGAGGGUAAGUCGGAUCACAUUUGAUAAGCGUAAAAUUUCCUUUUCAUUUUUCUUGAUUGAGAAUUGGUACGUUUACUUCUUAGACUUUAUGUACUGUUUCGCAUUUCGUACAAUAUUUUUUACAAUAAAAUUAUGUUCACAAUAUUAUAGAAA